GUGACGUCACACCGCCAGGACGCCCUAUUUCUUGCUCUCCGAGGCCUGUGCUCUUCUUUGAUGCUUCGGCUGCUGGAGAGAAACAUGAAGCUGCUCUUUGCCGCUGCCCUUAUCGCGGGUUCCGUCAUCUUCCUGCUCUUCCCCGGGGGCUCCGAGGCGGAUGAGAAGAAGAAGGGACCCAAGGUCACCGUGAAGGUGUUCUUUGAUAUUAAUAUUGGCGAUGAUGAAGUUGGACGCGUAGUCAUUGGACUCUUUGGCAAAACUGUUCCUAAGACCGUUGACAACUUUGUUGCACUUGCAACUGGAGAGAAAGGAUUUGGCUAUAAGGGCAGCAAGUUUCACCGUGUGAUCAAAGACUUCAUGAUUCAGGGAGGUGAUUUUACAAGGGGAGACGGUACUGGAGGAAAAAGCAUUUAUGGAGAUAAAUUCCCAGAUGAAAACUUCAAGCUGAAGCACUAUGGUCCAUUCUGGGUGAGCAUGGCCAAUGCCGGAAAGGACACAAACGGUUCCCAGUUUUUCAUCACAACUGUAAAAACUACUUGGCUAGAUGGAAGACAUGUGGUAUUUGGCAAAGUCCUGGAAGGAGAGGAUGUAGUAAGAAGGAUUGAAGCUACAAAGACCGAUUCACGGGACAAGCCUCUUAAAGAUGUGGUUAUUGUUAACAGUGGAACAAUUGAAGUGGAGAAGCCAUUUGGAAUUGCUAAAGAGUAAACCUAUGGCAGCGACAACUCUACCACAAAUUGCUCUUCCAUCACUGGAUCAAUUUGAGCUUGAAGAUUUGUUUUAACCAGUUGCCUUUGUUCUGUGACAGGCAGAAAGCUCUUUGCCAUCUAUACAGGGACGUCUGUGUAGCUCAGAACUGAUCUAAAAGUGACCAAAACAAAAUGCUGCCCAACGCUGUUGGAGCACCCAGUACACUGACUUACACAUUCCACCUAUUUUGUGUUUAAUGUGUCCAAAUUGGGUUAGGGAAGACAUGAGAAAUGUGUACAAUUCCUUGAAAUAAACUGGUUUCUAAAAAAAAAUUAAAAAAA